UCAUCUAUUGGAUGGAUGGGCGCCGUGGCAUUUCAGUCUUGCCAAUCCGUGCAUUGAAAAGGAAACAUACGAGACAAGUCAACCUGCCUGCCUUGAGUAUAGAUUGACCUAUCUAGAAUUAUGACGCGGCCAAAUGACAGCCCUGAACUCAGCCGAAGGAGAAACUGACCCUUCGGGGCCCCAAUCCUCUCAGUCCGAUGUCCCUGUUCAAUCUGAGGCCACGAGUACUGAUCCAAGCAAUACCGUGGACCACAAUGAUGCGGCAGCCGGCGAAGAUGGCACACCCAAGAAAACGACCGCCACAGGGCGUCGUCGAGCCUCGACGAUAAAACCACCCCCUACGCUUCUUACCGACUUUCUGCUCGGUCGUCCAUCACCUGCCCGCAUCGCGGCCGACAAGAAGGCCGCGAAAGAAAUGAUCCGACAACGACGCAUGAGCCUCGAAGCAGUCAAACAGGAGAUGCGAGAAGCUGCCGUCCAGCGAGUCCAAGCUCCUGGAGGCGUCCGUGACCGAGUGACGAAAUGGCAGAAAGCAAACGCAGAGGUCAUGGCUCGGGCCGAUCCACUUGCGGCCCCGAGCGAACCCAGUGAAAUCAAUAUACGGGUAGACGAAGAAAGUGUCACCGAGGAGGAUCGUGUCAGGAUCAAGAUGCGCCAAAAGAAGAGGCCGCCGCUCAGUGUGCCAUCUCUCACAACAAACACGGAAGGUGACGGAUCUAGCAAAGCGGACCAGAAAAAGCCUGUUCCCACGAGCCCGCCUAAGAAGCGCGUCGUGAGUGACACAAACUGGGUCAAAAAUCACAAGUCGGAGAGCCCCUCGAAAAACUCUACACCAAAGAAAACCCCACAUGAGGGUAGCGGUUCUCCUUUGCCCAAGGAUUUUUUGUCGCGAUCGAAUCCAAACCCACCUGUUUCCCAAAAGAUCCAAGAAUGGGCUAGCCGAGUGGAGAUUCCAGAUGAGCCACGCAAACGCCCUCAGGUACCUGUGUCUGUUAGUAGUAGGUCGGUCGGAAGCGGUGAUGGAAUACGCGUGAAACCUAUAUCCAGCGACAUCCCAAGCGAAAGCGAUAUCCAUAGCGCCAGUAUCUCCCAAUCCGAGAAUUCAAAGACCAUUGAAGACGAUGGGAUCCGCGUCAGACCUCUUCGUCUGAAUGAAAAACAUGAACAAAAAAGGAAAGUAAACCCCGAAACAAAAACUCUGCCCGAUGAUGGAAUCCGAGUUCGACCUGUUCGCUCAGAAUCGAGAGACUCGAGCACUGUGCGAGCAGCUUCAGCACAGACAUCAAGGGUGGAAAGCCCCAGUGCAACCAACAUCUCUCGCCGUCGAUCACGAUCUGCUGGGGCAGAAACCACGGAAUACUCAGAGUCGGACCAGUCGCAGACGCCAGUAAAAUCAAGGAGAACUACCACCAAGAAAUCAUAUGCUGCCCGACCAAGGCGCGCAAAGAGCGUAGCCGAAACUGGAACUACAAUGACUGAAGAUUUAUCUGAUAGCGAGUCGUGGUCUAGUGGUUUGGAAGAUGAGUCGGACAUCCCUUCUAGUAUACCCCAAAAGCCCCUCGCCGAUAUUCCAUUCGGAUAUUCUGCUUUCAGUGAACUAGAGCUCCCUCGGGGCCAUGGGCGCCCGAUAACGAAACCAAAAGCUAACAGACAAUCAAGCUUUAAGGGCGCGACUAACGUUUUCAAGAAAGCUCUAAAUGAAGGGAAAAAGAUCUUGGCCGAGAAGGUUGAUCCGCCCAAACCCGUGAUCAACCAGCCGCCAAGCAUUGAAAACUGGCUGAAGGAUACUGUAGAUCCGUUUGUUGAUAGUAGGCAACAAGAACGUAGUCGCGAACCCCAAAGGAGGUCAAUCGAGAAAGAAUGGGCAUAUGAAAGCAAAGCACGUCGCUCUGCCUCAUCCUCACGACCUAUAUCUGCAGGUCCUGAUGAGGAUAGUGAUAACCACCUUAAGUCAGAUGAACCGAAGUCUAGGUCGAAGUCUCCAUACGAUAGCCCUCGUGACGAACCAACAACUCCUACAUCACCAGCGGGGCUUAGAAGAAGCCAAGCCACGAGAACCCCGUCCUCUCCAGGGAAACUUGCUUCAAAACGGGGCUUCAAAGAAAAGAUCCGAGACGCAUUUCGCGGAGAAUCCACCGUCCUUAUUCCUAACCAAAAGGAAUAUCCAAGUUAUGAUGAGGCUAUGGACGAUGAGAGUGAUCGAACUGUUGAAUAUCACGAACCGUCCCGGUCUUCUGGGGUAAGGCGAAGCCUAACUCCCUCUGACGAAGACUCCACUAUAUCAACAGAGUCGCUCAAGCCUAGACCAGCUCCUCUCAACCCGAAACGACGACCACCUACGAAUGGUUUCCAUGAACUUUCCACCAUCAUCUCAGACGCAGAGACACUCAGUACGCUAGAGUCAGAAUUAUCUUCGAAGAUCUCUGAUACAACGAUCACCCACACUACGAUGACGAGGAGUACAGGAUUAACACGGAGCUCUGCUGUCUCCCGUAAAAGAAGUCAAAAGCCGGCAUUGAAGAGACGACUUACCAAACACUCUGACUUAGUUUCAGUGCUCUCAUUGCCCGAUGAUUCCGAGAGUCUAAGUCGAAAUCGAAGUCUCCGUUCUGCCCGCAGUGUGAGAAGAGUAUCCAAUCACCUUCAUGACGCCACUGUAGAUAACCUUCUACGGGAAUUCGCAAGAGAUGAGAACUUGUACUCGCGAGAACUCAAAACACUUGUAGAUGGUGUUAUUCCUGUUCUUCUCUCCCAGUUCGUCGAAGGAAAGCGAGAUCAGUCAGGAGAUCUCUUCACGUCCCCAAAAGGUGCAAACAAGGAUGACCCUCUACCCAAGGCGGUAGUAAGCAUGGGCAUUGUCCUUGAAAAGCUCAGAAGUCACCAUCGACGAUGUCCCUUAAGGGACGCACAUAGACUGCCACAAUGGCUUGAAACUAUCACCCCAAUAUACGGUGAUUACCUUGAUGUAUGGCGUCUCGGAUUUCAAGGCAUUAUCGUCAAUUUAGCGCCUGCAUCUCCAGAUGACGAAGACUCGCUUAUAGAUGCAUUGCCUCGUAAUGAGCAAGGUGACAUUCUCAAUGAACAUGGCGAUCGUAUAGAUGUGGCACACCUCUUGAAACGCCCCUUGGUGCGCACAAAAUGGAUAACCAAAUUCAUUCAGGGAUACCGAGCUGUGGCCGGCACACCACAAUACGAAUCUCUCGCAUCAAAGUGGGAGGCACUUCAGGAGAAAGCUCGCAAAAGGCACAAAGAGGAAACAGCACGAAUUGUCGAUGAUGAUGCAAGAAAAACUGACACGAGCCGGACCCGUGACCUAAAGACCAUGGCAGCCGCCGACAAUGUUAGAAUUGAUCGGUUUCGACAAGUAUAUGCAAAGGAUUUUUUCUCGCUUGAUCUUCGACACUCAAGUGGUCAGCGGCUUAACUGUCAAGUUGAACUUGUCUACAGAGACAACCAGCUUUUCAAGUCUGAUCCUGGUGAUCUUCUUAUUAGGGAAGUUGGCAGUGGUGGCCGAUCGUGGCUGUUAUUUGCCCCUAUAACUGGUAAUCAUGUUUCUGCACGAAAAGGAGACAACAAACACCAGUUAGUUGUCAUGAUAAGAGGCUACAAGGAUGAAUACUUUGAGCUUUUGACCUUGGCCACGGAUAACGAAGAGCAGGUUCUUGAUUGGUUGAAGAUUCUGGGUAGCAACCCCAUACCACCGGCUAUCAAAGAAAUCACCGUUCCCGACACAGGGAUUUCGGUGUUGUCUCCAAGCUCUGUGAGUUUGGACACACCUGUAGGGGAGAGAAAACGGUAUCCCAAGCAAUUAUAUCCCCUGCCAACUAGUACUUCUCCCAACGGUCUCGAGAAGGAACUCAAAACUUCCAAGGACCAUCACCAGGCUCAUUUUAGUUCACCAACCAGGCCACCUCCUGCUGUUCCAUCUCCGGAGAGAGAAUCGGCCUGGGAAUCCAUGAAGUCUCGUCGCUCUGUAUCAGAUUCUACAGAAAACCAAGAGGAACAAUAUACCCAUACGCACUUAGAAGGCACAGAUCCCAAUUCCCCGUCUUCCAAGGAACAGAUCCCAGAUGAUGCCCCUUACAGAGAAGAUGGUGCACCACCUCCACCGAUACAUCGAAGUUUAGAGCCAAAUAAAUCACCAAUACUUGCACCCCCUGCAGAGGCAUAUUCCAGCCUAAAACGCCGAAACUCUUCACCUUUGAAGCACGAGUAUUAUCCUUCAGACGUAUCUUCCGAGAGUUCGUUCUCAUCAUCAGCAUCCGAAGAUGAGUAUUCAUAUUCCGACGAGUCUUCAGACGAUGAGCUUGAGGAUGCAGACAUGCCCGACGCUGCACCAGCCAUCAGUAUAAGACGAGACUCCGACUCCUACACGGAAUCUGUUAGUUCCAGAAGCUCGGUAACUCCUACACCUUCUGUCUCGGCCUCGCAAAUGGAGACGCCUAAGAUAGGAAGCGCACAGCCGGAGUAUUUGUUCAAAUCUCUCGCGACCAUCUCCUACUGGGACAAUAAACAUGGAUGUUGGAAAGAUCUGUGGCCUGAUAUAUGCUCCAUUGUGACAACGCCAGGCUUGAUCGAAGCUUAUCCCUUCCAACGAACACAUACUUCCUCGGACGAUCCUAAUCAUGACGGAGAACGCCCUCUCAUUGCGUUAGAUCUCACCCCCUUGGUUAUGCUUCGAACCAGUACAGUUCUCGAUCUCGAAAUAAGGUCUCCGGUCUUGAGCUAUGCCCGACUAUAUCCCAAGGUGAACAAAGUCGAAACUUCUUUCUUCCGUUUCCGAGCCCCGUCACUCCAAGAAUGUGAAUCCCUAUACAUGGCGGUCCAUCGUGCGCGCUUGGACAACGCAAAGUACAAAGCCCUUGAAGAGGAAACGCGAAUUCGGGCCUUUGGACAAGGUCAGAAUGUCCAGGACCACGGUGACGGGGGCAGCCAGCGCCGAAGUUGGUUCGGCCGCAAAAACAGUUAUCGUGCCUCAGCCCGCGCACCGUCGCAAUCCGCAGGCAGCACAUCUCCUUCCAGUGUAUCAGCCACAUCGUUCCUCAAGAAACUCAUGGGCGGCGGUGGCCAGUUCAAUAUUGCCAUGUCCUCGGUUCAUCGACAAUCCCGCUUCGGCAGCGGGGAAAACUCAUUAUAUACAUCGUCUUCGGGAUCCCCUCGAUCUCCAUCAGUUAGUGCUGCAAACAGUGGAGCUGUCAACAAAAUGAGCCUCACAACCAAUAAUCUCAAGAUCCGACUACAUCUUCUCGUGUCAGCUAGUAAAUGGGAAGAUUAUGGAAAUUGCUAUCUCGAGGUGACACGUCCAGACCAAGGGACACGACAGAACCUGAGAAAAUAUCAGGGCAUGGAGAAGCGGAUCAUAGUGACGACGAUCCCGAAGAAAUCUACAGACCCUGCCAAAGUAGUAUUGGACAUCGUGCUAGGUAGCCGCUGUUUCUCGCGGCUCGGCAGCCGAGGCAUUCUGCUUAAUGUUUGGGAAGAAGUGCGCGACGAGCGCGGCGAGAUGGGUGUAGCCCCGAAGGGAGGAGGAAGUGGUGGUAAUGUCAGUAAAUGGUGCUUCCAGUGUGCUUCUGUCAUGGAGGCAAGUUGGAUCUAUGGGCUCGUCACGCAAGAAGUUGUUAUUGGUUGAUUUUUGAUACCCCCUUUUCGCUUAUUUCUGCCUUCUACUUUUUUCUCUCCUUUUUUCUCUUCUUCUUGAUAUAUAGCGGCAUUUGGUAAGGGCGUAAGGACAUGGCUUGUACAAAGGGGUUUACUGCCCUGUGUAUUUACAUAGUUUCUUUUGUUUACUGCAAAGAGCAUAGAUCAUCAUGGGACGGCUGAGAUAUCCUGGGCA